CCCGUUUUCCCGUCUCCCGCGUUCGCCCGCUUUCCCGUCACUGCAACUGGCCCAUCUCACUCCUGCUCCCUCUGCGCCACCACGCCCAGCUCCUUAGCUUCUCUACCAGUAUCUUCAGUGGUUAGCUUGGGUUUCCCUGUGCCAGUGCCCAGAGUUCGGUCAAGCUUCGCGUACAAGUGGACUGAUAAGCGCAUCUAAGCUGUCGAAGUAGGUUAUCGAGCGAAAGAGAUUCAGUUGGACCUACACACACGCCCCUCGUUCCGUAGACAUCUAUCCCCUACCGUUUCGCAUAGUUGGUUCGUCUCCUAGCCGUCCAAUGGCGAGGGCCAGCUGGCAUCAACGGCACGGCGCGCAUGUCCUAUGUGUGGCGGCGCUGCUGCUAUCGUUCCUCUCCCACGCCCGCCUGGUGUCGGCCCAGAUGGACUGCGGCGACCUGACGGAGUGCCCGGGCCUGGGCCAGUGCGUGGACCCCGACAAGCUGUGCGACAAGACGGCCAACUGCAAGGACAAGAGCGACGAGGCUGCGUGGUACUGCAACCCGCUCGACUGCUCCGACCCCGACCUCAUCGUGGAGUGUGUGGGGACCGAGUACUGUGUGAAGCCGACGCAAGUCUGCGACGGCAUCAUGCAGUGCCCCGGCGCCAUCGACGAGACCCCCGGCUUCUGCCUCGACUACAGGAGCUCGGACUGCGAGCUGGACGAGGUCAAGUGCACCACCACAUCCGCGUGCAUCAAGGGCCUCAUGUGCGACGGCGUGGCCAACUGCGCCAAGGUGAAGAACGGGAGUGGCGUGCUGAUAGCGCCGGACGAGGACCCCAAGUACUGCAUGGCGUACGAGUGCCUGGAGAACUACCAGAAGUGCGCGGACGAGCGGCAGUGCGUGCCGUAUGACGCCAUGUGCGACGGCAAGAAGGACUGCCUCGAUGGGAGCGACGAGGUCGACUGUGCUUACCCGGAUCCCCCCAGCACGGGCAGCACGGGCAGCACCGGAACAACCGGCAGCACAGGCACGACGGGCAGCACGGGCAGUACUAGCAACACGGGCACAACCGGCAGCAGCAGCACCACUGGUACCACUGGCAGCACGGGCAGCAGCAGCAGCACUGGCACCAAGGCCAGCACGGGUAGCACUGGCAGCACCGGCAGCACAGGGACAACUGGCAGCAGCAGCAGCACCGGCACCAAGGCCAGCACAGGCAGCACCGGCACCACUGGCAGCAGCAGCAGCACAGGCACUAAGGCCAGCACAGGCAGCACCGGCACCACUGGCAGCAGCAGCAGCACAGGCACUAAGGCCAGCACAGGCAGCACCGGCACCACUGGCAGCAGCAGCAGCACAGGAACCAAAGCCAGCACGGGCAGCACGGGCAGCACGGGCAGCAGCAGCAGCACCGGGACCAAGGCCAGCACUGGCAGCACCGGCAGCACCAGCAGCAGCAGCAGCACCGGAACCAAAGCCAGCACCGGCAGCACUGGCAGCACCGGUAGCACCGGUAGCACAGGGUCUACCGGCUCCACUGGGGGCUCGUCCAGUGUGCAGCAGCUGACGGCUCAGUACCAGGCGGCGAUCAUUGCUCAAGACAAGGCGCUGACGGCCUCGGACGCCGCCACCAAGAAGGCCCAGCAGCUCAAAGCCGACGCGAACACAGCGGGGCUGGCAGCAGACAAGCUGCAGAGGGACGCGAAUAACGCCGUGGGGAACACGCCCCAGGCGAAGGCCAAGAGAGCCGCGGCGAAGCAGGCCAGGGCGGACGUGGGUGCCAAGCAGGCGGUGGCUGCUGCUGCUCAGGAGGAUGCUGACAGCAAGGAGAAGGCGUAUGAGGACGCGAAGACCACCGCGGAUAAGCUGAGGGAGAAGCUCAAGAAGGAGAUCGGCAAGGCGCAGAAGGCGGGGAGCGUGAAGGCGUCGGGCGCCGCGGCGGACAAGCUGACUGCAGAGGCGGAGAGGGGCGCGCUGCAGAAGCAGAAGAAGGCGGACGCCAUGACCUUCGCUCAGAAGCAGCAGAAGGUCAACAGUGUGAAGAGAUCCGCCAAGGCUAUGGAGGUGCUGAGCCGCGCCCGCGCCGCCAAGAGCCUGUGGGACAAGGCGGUGUUUAAGCUGGAGAUGCUGUUUAACGAGACGCUUAAAGCAGAAGCUACACUUAUCAAGCUGGAUGAGCGGUACGAUAACCUGACGGAGUCUAUCUCGAACGUCACCCAGUUUAUUCGGAAGUACAUGGCGAAAGGGGACAUGGUUCAAGUUCAGGCUCAGCAGGAAAAAAUGCCUCGGUACAAAAAGUGGCUGGACCAAACCAGGUCGGAUCGGACCGUGGCUGGGAAGGCGUAUCUGGAGUCGUUGACCACUCUGGAGGGGGGGGAGGGGGAUGUGGCUCUGCGGAGGAGGAUCUACAUGCGCAUUGUGAAGGAGUCUAAUAAGCUGAAUGGGAUUGGCAAUACGAAUGAUGGCCUUGUGGAUCCGGGCUAUGAUGACGGCUCCGACUCGUCAGGUGACUCGUCAGGGGAUGGGUCAGGAGAUACGUCUGGUGAUGGGUCAGGAGAUACGUCUAGUAAUGGGUCGGACUCGAGUGCAGACGGCGACCCCUGGUUGGGUUGAUUCACUCGCAGGCUAUCCUUGUACCAUGUGGUGUCUCUGCUGUCCACUACAAUUUCUUUUGUUCAUUGUGUGGGUUGGGUUAUGGUUUGGGGCUGUUCAGGCCACUUCGUAGGAUUCUAAGCCUGCUAUGAGGUUUUGAUAACGUGGGCAUGCUUGUGCAUGACUGUACAAUGGUUGUGCCAUGAUAAGACAGCUUUGUAUUUUUGCUCAAGAUGUCAUCA